AUGUCCCUUUUGAUGCACAAAAGGAGGGAGGGGAGAAACCUGUGGGAACCCUCUGCAAAGAUCAAAAGAGAUCCAUUCAUUGGGAUGGAGGAGAGCUGGGAAGCACAGUGGGAGCCAUUUCUUGAGACCCAAUCCAUCCACGCAGGCAGGAACGUGGAGGUUACUCCUUGGGAAGACCCCAAGGCCUUCCUGGCCUGCUUCAAGCAGGUGGCCACAGCCUGCCGGUGGCCCAGAGAAGAGUGGGUGGCCCAUCUCCUGCCAGCCCUUUGUGGAGAAGCUGAAGAGGCCUUUCAGGGCCUGGACACCGUUCAUCAAGAGGAUUAUGAGAGUGUGAAGGCCGCCAUCUUGAGGGGAGAUGCGAUGAAAAGGGAAGGGAAACGUCAGCGUUUCAGACAGUUCUACUGUCAGGAAGUGGAAGACCCACGAAAGGUCCAAAGCCAUCUCCAGGAGCUUUGCCACCAGUGGCUGAAGCCGGAGAGACACACCAAGGAUCAGAUCCUGGAGCUCUUGAUCUUGGAGCAGUUCCUGGCCAGUUUACCUCCCAAACUUCAGGACUGGGUUCAGUCAAAGAGGCCGCACACAAGUUCCCAGGCUGUGGCUUUGAUGGAGAACUUCCUUAGGAGCCAGCCAGAAGUCAAAUCCAAGCCGGGUCAGGAGCCAUUGAAAGAGAAAGAUGUCAUUUUCUUACAUGAAGAAGAAUCUGCGGAGGCUGUGGAGAUCGAACAUGGUUUUAGAGGGCAGCGGAUAGAGAAAACGCUGAAAGAGGUAAAAGCCGGAAGUCCAAAUUUAGAACAGGAAGUCGAUGGAGGGAAACUGCCCAGUGUAACUCAGCCGCGGUCUGGGUCUGAGCGACAGACGGAAUGGGCAGCAUCUCAGAAGAACAAAAACGAUCCAUUUUGGAGGGUGGAAGAGAGCUGGGAAGUCCAUUGGCAGCAGUUCCUCCAGACGUCACAACCCCCUCCCAAUGGAUGGAAGAAUCCGAGGACGUCAGAGGAGUCACCCUGGGAAAACCCCAAGGCUUUCCUGCUCUCCUUUGAGCAAGUGGCCAAAGCUUGCCACUGGCCUAGAGAAGAAUGGGCCGCCCAGCUCUUCCCAGCCUUGAGCGGAGAAGCAGAAGAGGCCGUUCAAAACCUGGAAAACCAAGAGCAGGAAAACUACGGCAAAGUGAAGGCCGCCAUCUUGCGAGGGGAAACCCUGAGGGCGGAGAUGCAACGCCAGCAUUUUCGGCAGUUCUGCUGCCAGGAGGUGGGAGACCCCAGGAGACUUUACGGCCAACUCCAUAAGCUGGGUCUCCAAUGGCUGAAGCCAGAAAGACACACCAAGGAGCAGAUUCUGGAGCUGCUGGUUCUGGAGCAGUUCCUGGUCAGCCUCCCACCGGACCUCCGGAGCUGGAUCCGAGCGGGAAGGCCAGACACAUGUUCCCAGGCGGUGGCCCUGGUGGAGGACUUCUUGUCAAGCCUGCAAGAGGCCAAAUCUGGAUCCUGUCAGGGGCUACUGAAGGACGACUCUGUGGAUUUUGAUCCUGCAGAGGAAGAGCUCUUGGAGACCAUGAAGAGGGAAAGGGUUGAAAUGGAGAUCAGUAUGUUGGGUAAUGGAUGGGAAAGUGAGGUCAAGAUGGAUGAUUGUCUGGGUGAAGAUGAAAAGCUGGAAGCUUCCUCCGGGAUAGAUUCCCCCAAAUGCUCUGUGGAUCCGCCGUUAAACUUCCGGUCAAAAAAGCAGACCCAGAAGUCGCCUGUAGAGAACAAGAAGGAACGUCUUUUGCUGCCCAGAAAAAUUUCUGCUGCCGUUAUUGGAAAGACCACUUUAUCCAGCAAGGAUAAAAUGCCUUUGUUCUCUAAGUAUGGUAGGAAAUACCACUAUAGGGUGGAGCUUGACAUGAUAGACUCCUCGGAGGACUUUGAAGAAUGGCCUAGCUCCGAGGAAGAUCUCCAGUGCGUUUCUGACUUUUGGGGAAAGGAAGAAAACAGAAGCAUUGAGGAAAAGUGUCAGUUUUCUGGGAGUAGAAACGGGAGUCAUUUCAACCGAUAUCAGCGUAGUUAUCGAGAAGAAAAAGACGACUCUUCUCUCGAGUACGCCGAGACCUUCAGUCGUGCAAACUCGCUAAAUAUCAUUCAGGCCCCUAAUCACGCUGAAAGGAAAGUGUAUGAAUGCUCUCGGUGUGAGAAACGCUUUGGUAAAUUUAGCCAGUGGAAUCAACAUCAGAAAAUCCACACCGGAGAAAAACCGUACGAGUGUUCCCAGUGUGGAAGGUGCUUCAAUCAGGCAGGAAAUCUGAAGACCCACCAGAAAAUUCAUACAGGAGAGAGACCCUACCGAUGUGCCCAGUGUGGGAAAAGCUUCAAUCAGGCAGGAAAUUUGAAGACCCACCAAAAAAUUCAUACGGGGGAGAGACCCUAUCAAUGUUCCCAGUGUGGGAAAAGCUUCACCCGAGGGAUCCUUUUGAAGAUACACCAAAGGAUUCACACUGGAGAAACACCCUACAAAUGUUCCGAGUGCGGGAAAGGGUUCAACGAGAUGCGUAACUUAAAAAGGCACCAGAGAAUUCAUACCGGAGAGAAACCUUACAGAUGUUCCCAGUGUGGGAAAUGCUUCACUGAGGCAGAUGUUUUGAAGAUACACCAAAGAACACACACCGGAGAGCGGCCGUACAAGUGCUCGGAGUGUGGAAAAUCCUUCAAUAAAUCGGGAACCUUGAGGAGGCAUCAAAGAAUUCAUACCGGAGAGAGACCCUACAAAUGUUCUCAAUGCGGGAAAGGUUUCAAUCAGAUGGGAACUUUGAAAAAACAUCAGAGGCUUCAUCCCGGAGAGAAACACUACAAAUGUUCUCAGAUCCACACCGCAAUUUAUAUCGGUGAGAAACCGCACAAGUGCUCUGAUUGCGGGAAAGGUUUCCGACAGGCAGGACUCCUGAAGAGGCAUCAAAGAAUUCAUACUGGCGAGAGACCCUACAGAUGUUCUCAGUGUGGGAAAUGGUUCAAUCAAUCAGGAACUUUGAAGAGACAUCAGAGAAUUCAUACCGGAGACCAACCAGCCCAGUUUCUUAGCGCUGGAAAUACAUCAGUCAGAGAAGUAACUUGAAGAACUAUCUGGGGGUUCAUAUUUAAGGAAAUUCAGGCCACAGAUGUAACUAAAACCUAGUGGGGGAAAAAAUCUCCAUGACUGGAAUGUAGUAAUUGAAAGAUUACAAUCCAUUGAGCAGCAGUAGAAUAGAAAAAUGAGUUUUAGUGUAUGAUUGAGAUAAAGACAGGGAAUGCUCAAUUUACAACCACAAUUGAGAUUGGAAUUUCAGUUGCUAAGUGAUGCAGUCAGUAAACGACGGGAUCUGAUUUUACAACUGCUUUUUACCAUGAUUAUUAAGCAGAUCUGGCUUCCCCGAUUGACUUCGAUUGUGGGAAGCUGAAUGGAAAAGUCACAAAUUAGGAAAGUCACAAUCACAGGACCACAAGAUACGGCGACUGUCAUACAUGUGAGAUGUCUAGUGACUGAAUUAUGAUCAUGUGACUGAGGGAUGCUGCAACGGCCGUAACUUUUAAGGAUAGGUCAUAACUCACUUUUUCCGAAGUUGUCAUAAAUUGGAACUGCGGUUAAAGGUGUGGUUGUAAGUCAAUGAUUACUUGUAAAACCAAUAUAAAGAUUGUUGCCCCCCACAUCUCUCGCCCAAGCUAUGAAUGAUGUAGAUGACGCUUUCUGAAAGCAGAGGGGGAGAGAGAUCUGAAAUAAAAUAUGGAGUUGAAUUCAA